AUAGGUGAAGUGCACAUGGUGCGAAAUCCAGAGACUGAUGAAUUUAGAGGUUUUGCGUACGUAGAACUAAAAGACCAGGAUUCCUACAAUACUGCUCUAGCUUGCGACGGAGUGGUACGUUACAAAUGUUGCCCACAGCAGUUUCCCGAAUUUAACAUGCACCCGAGUUCCCAAUUUGAAGUUCUUGUCAAGAUUAUGGCUUACCAGCUAGCUUGCAGUCACCUAGGCCCCAAUGCAAUUGUUGAUAAGGCGGUCGUGGAGGUCCCGGCGGCAGAGGAGGAGGACGCAAUAGCAACUUCCCACGUGGUGAAGGAGGCAACCGCGACUUCAAUGGCCCCAGGGACUUUGAUAAUCAAGCCUUUCGGUAACUUUAGAGGCGGACCUGGAGGCAGAAACGGUGGUGGGGCUGGAGGCUACGGUUAUGACAGACCUCGUGCCGGUGGUUAUCGACCAAAAGUUCAACAACCCAUGCAAGCGCCGGAGCCAGCGCCUGCGCCAGCUCCUAUUGUAGACUACGAAGAUCGGCCUCGUCUUUCUCUUCAACCAAGACGUAAACCUCUUCAUCAAUCUACUGAGGAACGCGAAUUGUCAGAACGUGCUAAGGCCAUAUUCGGCGUCGGCAAGCCCCGAUCACCAAGUCCUCCUGGGUAG